CCUGGGGAAAGCAGUGGGAGGAGGAGGUUGAGGCGAAGAUUGGGAAGGAGGAGGAGGAGAAGGGACUGGAGGCAGCAGCAGGAAGCUCCGGGAAAGUGGGCCCAGUGGGGCUGGGCUGAGAAGAAAUCCAAGUAUUGUUGAAUAGUCAAGACAUACAUCAUGGCUGAAUUGUCACCUGAAGAAAUUCAGCUGAGAGCCAGUCAAGUUACAGAUGAGUCUUUGGAAAGCACAAGGAGGAUUCUUGGCUUGGCCAUUGAGUCCCAGGAUACUGGAAUCAAAACUAUUGCCAUGCUAGAUGAACAAGGAGAACAGCUGAAUCGUAUAGAAGAAGGCAUGGACCAGAUAAACAAAGACAUGAGAGAAGCUGAGAAGAAUUUAACAGAACUCAAUAAGUGUUGUGGUCUCUGUGUCUGUCCUUGUAACAGAACAAAGAAUUUUGAGUCUAGUAAAUCAUAUAAAACAACAUGGGGUGAUGGUGUUGAGAAUUCAGGAGACCAUAUAGUGUCUAAACAACCAGGACGGACAGUAGACUACCAGCAGCAGACCAGAGGGGGAACUACUGGGGGAUACAUUACAAGGAUAACAAAUGAUGCCAGAGAAGAUGAAAUGGAUGAAAAUCUAGCUCAAGUAGGAAAUAUCUUGGGGAAUCUGAAAAAUAUGGCCUUGGAUAUGGGUAAUGAGAUUGAUACACAAAACAAGCAGAUAGAUCGGAUAAAUGAGAAGGCUGAAACCAACAAAGAUCGCAUUGUCACUGCCAAUGUAAAAGCUGAAAAACUUAUUAACAAGUAAUAGUCUGCUGCCAGUUCUUGAUCCAGUUGAGACAUUAGUUUAAGUCUACACAUCGUAAUUUCCAAAGAAUGGAGGUAGCAGGAUUCAGAAGAUGAAACAAAGCAAGACAUAUCAUAAGGCUUAUUGUUGCAUGAACACAGACUUAAUUUGAGCAUCCAGGAAAGCAACACAACAGAAAAUCAGUUUUUAAAAAUCCCUUUUCAUAUCCUCAGGGCUUCAUUUUCUGUCUUUCAAUCUAUCUAUGUUGUGUUCUUUCCUCUGUUAUCCUUUAUCCAUUUUAUUCCCAGUUUAUAAUUCAAUAGUAGAGGGUGAGGCAAUUGUGCAAAGACAAAACUCAUCGGAUUUAAUUACCUCACUUAAUAUUGCAUGUCAUUACAAAAAGGAAAUGAAUGAUUUACAUGAAAUGUAUUUUUUAAUUAAGCUGGUUCUGGUUCUACAAAACACUUGAUCUCUUUAUAAAACCUUCAGUAAAAUAAGAGAAGAUGGUGGAUAUCUUUUUUGAUAAAUGGCUUAGUGGCAGCUACAUCUGAUUGCACAUGAUUGACAAUGCUGAAUAUAAAUUGGAAAAGGAUAUAGUUUCUAAGCCAUAGCAAUUCUUGUUUGAAUGCAGAAAAGAUAAGUAAUCUAUGCUGUAUUUUUAAACAUACAUAGAAUGUGAUUCUCACAGAAUCUUUAGACAGAUUUUUCUUCACUUAAAUCCAGUCAUUGGGAUAUUUGCUACAAACCAUAUUUUGUUUAUUCAAUCUUUUUGUAGGGAGCAGUUUUGAAGAAGGGGUAGCCUACACAGCAGUUGAAUUUCUGUCCCUCUGUGCUUAUUAUUAAGUACUCUUGGCAUGUGUUAGUGGGAUUCCCAGCAGAGCACCUGCAUGUAUAAAGUCUUGUUGCAAAUUUUUAUAACUUGUCAGAAAUACAAUGAAAUACUUAUCCAUUGGACACAAUCAUAACACCACUGAAAAGAGACCUCACUGUUCAAUAUUAUUUAUCAAAAAAUAAAGUUUUCUAAAGUUACAAAAAUGAUUGAUGGUAGGCUAAGCCAAAACUAUUUUAUUAUCCUAUCUCCUAAAGAAGUGCAUCUUUGCUUUCAGUGCAGUUAGUUCACAUUUGGUCAAAUAACAAGAAUGUAGAUAUGGAGAAGAGAUAUAAAACACGGUGUUCUGGGACACUUCUAAGCAUGGAAAGCAGAGCACAAAGGUCCAACAUAUAGCACUGUGUUUGCUAUAGUGAGUUAGUAACUACUGUUACUUGGCAAGACUUUAAAAAAGAAAUCGUAUUGCGUACCCAACUAAAUAUGGCCUAAACGUGGACACUGUAAAACUAAUUUUACAAUAUAUAGAGUUCUUCUGGCUGUACUCCUAUUUAGUGCUUAUACUGAAACAAGUUAAAUCAGUAAUAAAUCAGUUUUCCUUUUGUUUCUUUAAUUGUUCUGAAACUGAACCUGUAUUUCAUGUAUUUCACAAAUGUUAAAAUUGUGGCAUGGUUGUAGUUUAGGCCUGCAUUAUAAAUUAUGACCUACUGAACUCAAAACCAAGCAUGAUGCUCGGCUAGUGCUUGCAAACCACCCUUUUUUGUAAUCCUGGGCACACAGCAAAGUUGGGGCCCCUGGAAAUCAGGCCACAGUGCUGCUAAGCAGAUUGCAUUUGGUUUGGUGGGUUACAAGUUAUACAGGCCUGCUGUAGUAAAUUAGAACUAUUUCUGUUCAUUCCACAAUGCAGGAUUAAGGCACUUGAUUUAGCUUCCCUGACACGUCUGUAGUACAGUCGGCCCUCCAUUUUCACAGGGGAUCUGUUCCGGAACACACACGCACACGAAAACGUAGACUUGCCUAUAGUCAAGCCCCAUAGGCUUGACUGGGGUGCAUGCCUGUGAAGAGUGCGCAGGGGAGCACCCCAUUGCAAACAACAGAGGUCGCCCCUCCGUGAAUAUUCAAGACCACAGACCUCAAGUCAGUGAGAAAGGAGGGGCGACUGUACUGGUUUAAUUACAAAUGUUAAAUUUCCAGGCUCUUGCAAAAAAGCUUUAGUUCUCUUCUGAUUAAGAAAUCAUUAGACAUGGAAUUUGUGAAUUUGAGGACUGGUAGUACUUCCAGUACUUAUAAGGUUAGCUUGUUCAUGUUCCAUUCACAAUUAGGUAUCGGUGCUUUGUGGACUGAUGGCAGUUGCUGUAUCAGCCAUUAAUUUUAAGUCUUGUCGAAGGAGAAAUUCAAAACAAAUUAGUUCUUUGUACCAUCACUUUCAUUGUACCAUCCUGCCUCUCUACAGAUAAUUUCCGAGACAUAAUUUUAUAUUGUAAUAAGAUAAAGCUCAGUUUUCUAUAUAACCUCUUGUCAAUAAGGGCAAGAUGGUAGUUCUAGCUGGAUAUGCUGUAUUAGUAAGAGUAAAGUAAAUAAUCAUCCAAGUAGAAAGUUUUAAAAGAUUUUUCUGGAAAUGGCAGAAAACAAAUUGUACUAUUCUGUGGAAAUAUACGGUAAGUGAACUCCAUCUUGAGCUGUGUAACAUAUGUUGCUCUUAAUUCUUCUAAAUUUACCAAGCUGUCACUUCAGAUUAGAUGAUUUCUGACACACACACUGCUCAUUCACUUCCAUAGAAUUGAUAUAUAAGUUGUAUAACAGUAUGAGUAAUUCUCUUGUGUUAUGUUUGAAAAUUUGCAUUAACUUUUAAAUGGCUUAUCUCGAAGUUUACCUAAUUCUAGAUGGUAUUGAACACUGAAGUAACUGCUAUAGUAUUACAACAGAUGCAGACUUUGCUGUGAGCCACUGAAGGGCAUCCUACCUCAAAUGCCCUCACAUUCACAGGUGAUGGCUUGUAUAGUCCUUCAAUUCCACCCCCCCCCCCCCCCCCCCCGUAACUUGCUCCUCUGCUCCCCCCCCCCCUUUUUUUUUUUUUUACCAAAAGGUAAUGAGAAGACAUCUUUUUGCUGAAAGUGUACUCCAGGUUCCCCAAUACUUCAUUGCUGCAUACUAAUGCACAUUACUGCUGUAAGGUAAACUUUAUUGGCAGUAAAUAAUACAGCAAAUGGUAUAGUGGGCCCUUGGUAUCUGCUGGGGUUUGCAUCCAAGAACCCUCCCUACCAAUGGAUACUGAAGUCCUAUUAGAAACAGUGGCAUAGUAAAAUGUCCCUUAUAUAAAAUGGCGAACAGCAAGGCUUUUUGGAAUUUAUGGAUGUUUUUUUUUUUUGGUCUUUUUGGCUGUCCACAGUAUCCUCAGCACUCUUUCCCAGCACCACAUCUGAAGUGAAUUUAUUUUCUCUUUGUCCAUUUUCUUAAUUGUCUUAGCUCUCACAUCCAUACAUGGCAAUGCAGAACACAACUGCUUGUAGAAUUCUGACUUUCGUGCUUAGUUGUAUGUCUCUGCUCUUAAAUAAAUAAAUCAAAACAAAAUCUAUUCAAA